AUGUCACACGCCCGCGUCGAAGAACUGUCGGACUCGGAUCCCGAAAUCGACGACCCCUCCAACUUCCUCCCACAAAACGACGACCAAAUCAUCCGGCCCACAACCGUAGCACAGUCCUCGUCGAUACCUCAACAACCGAACCCCACGCUCUUCCGGCCUCCCCCCAACGGAGCCGCGCAAGACUCUCACCCUCACUUUCGCGGACAGCCUCCGGCCGAAGUCAAACACUACCAAUGCAUCUACCCGAUCUACUUCGACUCGACGCGGUCCAAAUCCCAAGGGCGGCGUGUGUCGAAAGGUCUGGCAAUCCCCAACCCGCUGGCGUGGCAGAUACUGUGCGCCAUCCGCUUCAGCAUAGGCGAGAAUGUGUUCCGCGUGGUGUUUGAGCCGGACAAGACACAUCCCAAGGACUGGGCGAACCCCGGCCGGGUGAAGAUUCAGCUGAAGGAUUUCGAUGCCGCCAACAAGCCGGUGAGCCGCCACGUGCAGAGUAAAGCCCACUUGUACAGUAUUAUCGGGAAAUGGUUGGUGGAACAUCCCACGACCAAGGAAACCCCCUUGGAGUUGAAACUGCCGGGCCUGCCUGUGCCGGAGAAGUUUCUGGAGAGCGAGAUCGUCGUUCCGAGGGGGUGGAAGAUGAAUACGAUCUUGCCGGUGCACAGCAAUGCGGUGAGUGGUGGCGGCGUCAAGGAUAAUUUCUUCCAAGAGGCCAUGGAGGAGUUGAAGGCCGCUCAGGCCAAGGGGCAUUUAGCCGGUGGUGGGCCUGGCGGCGGCGGGGAGGGAGGGAUGCCGGAUAUGGCUGCCCUGCAGAGUAUGAUGAGCGGGAUGGGAGGUAUGGGAGGCAUGGGCGGACUGGGUGGAUUGAUGGGUGGUGGUGGAGGUGGUGCAGAGUCAAGUGGCGGCAAGAAGAAAAAGGACAAGAAGAAGGGUUGA